AUGGUUCAUCUGGUGGUCUGGGCUCAGUCAGCGGGUCGGUACCUGGUACUGUAUCAGCAUGUAGUAAAAGUCCAGGUCGGGUUGAUCCGCGCUGCAGGCCCCACACAGCGCCGCUGGGUCUGGGUCGGGCAGCAGGCUGAGACUGGCUCUCUGGUCCUCCAGCCUCUGACACUGAGACUCCAGAAUCAGGUCCAACAAGGCCUCUGGUUCCUCCUGCUGGCUGCUGCACUGCUACGGCAACAAGACGGGGACAAAAACAUGAGACAGCAACAACCAUCAGCCAUCAUGGAAGAACAUGUUGUCCAUUCGCCAGUCCACUCUCAGCUCUCCAUAGAGUCAGAUUCUGACAUGACGGAGAGUUCUGGACUCCUACAGGAGGUCCACAUCUUCCCUCCUCAGAGGCCACGCCCCCUGAUCAUCUUCAUUAUCGGUGGACCCGGCAGCGGGAAAGGAAGUCAGACCGCCAAGCUGACGGAGCACUUCGGUUUCCGAGGAAUCUCAUUGGACGAGCUGCUCAGGAGGCAGCUGCUGACUGAUGCAACACCUGGUCGCAGGUGGGAGCUGAUGUCAGAGCUGAUGAGUCAAGGCGAGCUGGGAACACAGGAGGACACGGUGUCAGAGCUGCGGCAGCAGCUGAUUGGUCAACAGGAGGUGGGCGGGGUGAUAGUGGAUGGAUUCCCUCGAGAUGUCCAUCAGGCUCUGAGCUUCCAGGAGCAGGUAGGCUCACCUGACCUGGUGAUGAUGCUGGUUUGCUCCAAUGAGAUGCUGCGUGGUCGCCUCCAGCGUCGAGCUGCCCAACUCGGUCUCCUAGGAGACAGUAGCCACACCCUCCAGAGACGCCUGGACAGGUUCCAGAGAGACAUCGUGUCCAUCAGCAGAUACUACAAACAGCUGCACCUGCUCACACAGGUGGACGCAAACCGGGACUUGGAGGCAGUUUUUGCCGAUCUGAGUUUAAUCGUCAGAGAGAAACUGUGUGUGAAGGACCAGUCAGCUGCCUUUGACACGGUGACCCACCACAUCCUCCUCUCCACACUCCCUGAGCUGGACAUCUCAGGAUCUGCCCUCUGCUGGUUCAUGUCCUACCUCUCAGGAGAUACUUCAGAGUAUCCUGGAGGGGAGAAGUGUCCGAACCACACAACCUGUCCACAGGGGUUCCUCAGGGACGACCACAUGGUCUCUGCUGGAUCUCAUCGUGCCUUGCAGACAUCUCAGCCACCUUCAGCUCAGCCUCUGUGA